UGGAGAGGUGACGUCAUUGGGCGGCGCCGUACUCCUGCGUCUGUGAUUCAGCUGAAGGAUGAAGUGUCAAAACCCACAGAAAAACUCCCGCUGAAGAGACUGAGAUCCACGUGAUAUGGUUAUAAAGAUGGAGUUUAUUAAAGAAGAGAGAGAAGACAUGAAGAUUGAAGAAACAUUCAGAGUUAAACGUGAAGAAGAUACUGAGGAACAAACAAAGAUGGUGUUUAUUAAAGAAGAAAGUGAAGACAUGAAGAUUGAAGAAACAUUCAGAGUCAAACAUGAAGAUACUGAGACACAAACAAAGAUGGAGUUUUUUAAAGAAGAGAGUGAAAAAACAUCCAGACUCAAACAUGAAGAAGAUACUGAGGAACAAACAGACUUGAUAUCACUGAAAAAGGAAAGUCAAGAGCUCAAUGAAAAUGAAGAGGAAGAUCAGUUUGAGAAACCAUGUGAUUUCAUAACUGGAAAAAAAUCUUUUAAUUGCUCUCAGACUGUAAAGACACAAAAAAGACCUCAAAAGACAGGAAAUGUAAGUUGUUUCCUCUGCCAACAGUGUGGAAAGAGUUUCAAUAGGUUUGGAGACCUUAAAUCCCACAUGAGAAUUCACACUGGAGAAAAGCCUUACACAUGCUCUCAAUGUGGAACAAGUUUUACUCUUAGAGUAACUCUUAGAAGGCACAUGAGAAUUCAUGCUGGAGAAAAACCUUACACAUGUAAACUGUGUGGAAAAAGCUUUACUCUUAAGGAAAGUCUUAGAAGGCACAUGAGAAUUCACACUGGAGAAAAGCCUUUUACUUGCCAUCAAUGUGGAAUAUGUGUUACUCUUAAAGAAACUCUUAGAAGGCACAUGAAAAUUCACACCGGAGAAAAGCCUUACACCUGCAAACUAUGUGGAAAGAGCUUUAUUCGGAAAUCAGGCCUUAACAAUCACAUGAAAAUUCAUUCUGCAGAGAAGCCUUACACAUGCUCUGAAUGUGAAAGGAGUUUUACGCAUAAGAAAAAACUUGAUGUCCACAUGAGAAUCCACACUGGAGAGAAGCCUUUCACCUGCAAACUGUGUGGAAAGAACUUUACUCGAAAGACAAGUGUUAAAAACCACAUGAGAAUUCAUACAGGAGAAAAGCCUUACACAUGUUCUCAGUGUGGAAAAAGUUUUACAUGUAAACAACAUCUUGAUGUCCACCUAAGAAUUCAUACUGGAGAGAAACCUUUCACGUGCCAACAGUGUGGAAAGAGUUUCAAUGAACAAGCAAACCUAAAUGCUCACAUGAGACUUCACACUGGAGAAAGCCCUUUCACCUGCCAACAGUGUGGGAAGAGUUACAAUAAAAAAGGAAGCCUUAAAAAACACAUGAUGAUUCACACUGGAUAGAAGCUGGUUACAUGCGAUCAGAGUUUUGAAUGUAAAGUAACACCUUGAUGUGUACAAUCACACUGGUGUGAUUGAAAUGUUCAGAAUGUCAUGUGAUUAAAUUCUAAAUUUAUAUCUA